AUCAAUUUUCAUGUCCCGUUUAGAACACUCAAUUAAACGUGACGCCCUAAGAGCAUAUCUAGCCGAAUUCAUCUCCACUUUCAUCUUCGUCUUCGCCACCGUCGGAUCCGCAAUGUCACAACCCUAUUCCCAAACCGGUCCGCCACCGUGUCUCACUUCCGUCGCGUUAGCCUCGGCUUUUUCUCUAGCCGCGGCAGUUUACGUGUCGGGAAUGGCCUCGGGCGGACAUGUUAAUCCGGCCGUCACAUUCGGAAUGGCGGUUGGAGGACACAUUAGCGUACCAAUGUCAAUUUUCUAUUGGAUAUCGCAAUUGUUAGGAUCUGUCACGGCAUGUCUCCUGCUUAAACUCUGUACCGUUACACAGAAUAUGCCGGUUCAUGGGAAUUUACCCGAGGAUAUGACGGGGUUUGGGGCGUCGAUAUUGGAAGGGGUGAUGACGUUUAUAUUGGUGUACAUGGUUUAUGCGGGUGGGGAUACUAGAAGGGGUUUAUUAGGGUCGAUUGGACCUUUGAUGAUUGGGUUGGUUGUGGGUGCGAAUAUGUUGGCGUCGGCUGCGUUUACUGGGGGGUCGAUGAAUCCGGCGCUUUCGUUUGGGGCGGGGAUUGUUGGGGGGAGUUUUAAGAAUCAGGCGGUUUAUUGGAUUGGACCAUUGAUUGGUGCGGCUCUUGCUGGAAUAUUGUAUGAUAAUGUUGUGUUUCCUGUUCAAAUGGCUACUGCACCAGAUGGAGAUGAAAUUGAGCUUUGAUUUGUUUUUUUUCUUAUUAGUUUUAUGUUUGUAUUCUUAUUGUUAUUGUAAA